AUGAAGAAGGGAUUACUUCAGAGAGCCUCAAAAAAUUGGGAAGAGGAAAUGAAAUUGGCAAAUCUUCCGAUGGAUAUAAAGGAAGAGCCGAUUAUGGAAUCAAUGGAUUUGAGGAAAAGUAUCCUUCAACAAUCAGAAUCCAGUAAGAUGAGUACAAGCAGUAGUAAAUCUGAUAAUGAAAAUAUUCCAGUAACAUCAAUGAGACAUCAACGUAGAGUUCAAAGUAUGAUAUCAGUACGAAAAGAUUAUUCAUAUAAGUAUACAUCAAAUAAUAAAUCUAAAGCAGCAGUCCCAAUUACUACAUCGCAAGAAAAAUCAUCAUCAUCAUCAUUCAAUUGCCUUGACAUUUCACAAAAAGUUUCACAAUCAUCAUUUGGUGAACAAAAUCAAAAUGCUAAGAGAGAAUUGGGAAAUUCUGCGAUACCUGCAAACAGUAAUAAUAAUAAUCAUAAUAAUAAUAAUAAUAACAGUAAGCAACAUAUGCCAUCAUCACAGAAGGGAUUAAUUAAACGUAAAGAACAGCCUAGUAAACGUUCAAUUAAACCAAAUAUAUCCAUACUUGAGCGACAUGAUUAUGACAAAGGGCCAUCCAAGGUCAUGAAAUUAGAGACUCUUGACGUAAAAGCAGAUGAUUAUGAGGAUGACGAGACAAACUCAUCAUGUAGUGCCAUUGACGAUAAUAAUAUUAAAUCAACAUUACCAUUAAAAUUGGAAAAUCUCAAAGAAUUAACCGUGCCAAUAGAACGACUAAAUAUUGAGGAGGGAAAUUACAAGAAAAGCUGUCUAGGAGAAGAAAAAAGUGAACGUGAUGAAUUGAAGGUCAUUGUUGCGCAUGAAGAAACUGAAACAACUCCUUUGACAACGACAAUUAUUAAACAGGAACAGAGUAGUAGUACGGAGGCUGCAGCUCUCCGAACACAAACAUUAUCGACAGAAUCGAAAGAUUCUCAAAAUAUUAAUAAAAUUAACAAUAAAAUCAACAUAAUAUUUCAAUUAAACGAUAAUACAAAGAGGAAGAAUAUAAUCUUGCAUAGACGUACACCGAAAAAAAUGGUUCAAAAGAUUACGAUAAAGGAAGCAAAUAAUAACAGCACAAAAAGUCAGUCGGAUGAAGCUACUUUAGUACCUGAUAAAAUAUUGUGUACAAUUCAAACUCAAACCGAGGAGGAAGUGCUGCAAAAGAGAUUUAGUAUGAAUAUGUCAAUGACAAAUCCGCUUACAGAUGAAGUCACGGAAUAUUUGUUCUUUGAAAAUGAUAUAUUGAUAAGUCUCCAAUGUAAUACAAUAAGUUUCUUUGAAUAUCAUCGACUUAACUCAUUGCUUAAAAAGGGCGAACCUGACUUUAGGCUCAUUGAUAGAAUUAAUCGACGACUUCAUGAUAUUCAAGUUGAUUCUGACAAUAAAUAUCAACGGCUGUGCUACAAUGACUCUAACUCACUGCCAAUUUAUCUCGAGAUGAGGGCAAAACAGAAAGAUCUCGAUGACCCUGAAAUGUGUCCAAUUGCAUUUCUGUACUGCAACAUUUACUACAUUGAUCAAAAACGGACAAAAUUCUCAUCUGUUCAUUUAGAUACUGUCAAAAGUAUUGUGCAUGAUAUUAAAUAUACGACUGUUCCUCACAGCAGCUACUUUAUUAUGUCGUGGCAUGAAAAGUGCACCGACACAAAAAGCAACAUCACUGGCAUUGUGAAAUAUAAAUUGACACCGAAUUUAGACCUCGCCAAGUUGGCAAGCAUCCGACAAUUUCCAAAACUGAGUUAUCAAAUUAAACAAAUGUACUGUGGAAAAGAUUCGCAACUUAUAACUCUAGGAGAUACUCAGGUCUCAAUCUUCAAUUAUGAUCAUGGUGAUUUACUGAUUUCAUGGGAUUUAAUGAAAAACUAUGGCCUCAAUUUAGCAACAAUAACUUUUGAAGAUAACUAUUUCUUCAUGGUUUAUCUGACUGAUGGAGACGAUUUAAGUCCGAGAAAAUUAAUAGUAAUUGGUAUUCAUAGACAUGAUAGUAAUAGUCUGAAAGUCAUACAAACAUUGCCAGUUAAAAUUGGACGUAAUGAGAAGCUUGUAAGUCGCGCUGUCACAUCAACUAAUCAUAUGAUUGCAUCGUUUUCAAGCGGAAGCGCAUUAAUGAUGUAUCUUGAGAACUUUACAGACGUUCACUUAAAACGCUCAUCUAGCGAGUCUACACUUAUUGCUCUCAAUGAUCAUAUGCUAACGACAUCAGCUGAUAACAUGAGUAAUGUAGGUUUAUGCCAUUUUACCGAAUUUUUCCUUAAUAAUUAA